GUGCUCUCCGCAGGGUGAAGUAGAGCGAUCAAGCCUCCCCGCUGAACUACUAUGAGGUCAGAAGCCGUGCUGCUGUACCUCACACUGCUGCACUUGGCGGGGGCUGCUUUCCCAGAAGACUCCGAGCCCAUCAGUAUCUCGCAUGGCAACUAUACAAAACAGUAUCCAGUGUUUGUGGGCCACAAGCCAGGACGGAACACCACCCAGAGGCACAGGCUGGACAUCCAGAUGACUCUGAUCAUGAACAGAACGCUCUACAUUGCUGCCAGGGACCAUAUUUAUACUGUCGACAUAGACACAUCACACACAGAAGAAAUUUAUUGUAGCAAAAAACUGACGUGGAAAUCUAGACAGGCUGAUGUAGACACGUGCAGAAUGAAGGGAAAACAUAAGGACGAGUGUCACAACUUUAUUAAAGUUCUGCUGAAGAAAAACGAGGAUACGCUGUUCGUCUGCGGAACUAACGCCUUCAACCCCUCCUGCAGAAACUAUAAGAUGGACACUUUGGAGCCUUUUGGAGAUGAAUUUAGUGGCAUGGCCAGGUGCCCUUAUGACGCCAAACACGCCAACGUCGCACUGUUUGCAGAUGGGAAGCUGUACUCGGCCACGGUGACGGACUUUCUGGCCAUCGACGCGGUCAUUUACCGGAGCCUGGGAGACAGCCCCACCCUGCGGACUGUCAAGCACGACUCGAAAUGGCUGAAAGAACCGUACUUUGUCCAAGCGGUGGACUAUGGUAGCUACAUCUACUUCUUCUUCAGGGAGAUAGCGGUGGAGUACAACACCAUGGGGAAGGUGGUUUUCCCCAGAGUGGCUCAGGUCUGCAAGAACGACAUGGGCGGGUCUCAGCGCGUGCUGGAGAAGCAGUGGACCUCCUUCCUGAAGGCGCGCCUCAACUGCUCUGUUCCCGGAGACUCCCAUUUCUACUUCAACAUCCUCCAGGCCGUCACGGAGGUGAUUCGGAUCAAUGGCCGCGACGUCGUCCUGGCGACCUUCUCCACACCUUUUAACAGCAUCCCUGGGUCUGCAGUCUGUGCCUAUGACAUGCUGGACAUUGCCAGUGUUUUCACCGGGCGCUUCAAGGAGCAGAAGUCUCCCGAUUCCACCUGGACGCCCGUUCCUGAUGAGCGCGUCCCUAAGCCCAGGCCGGGGUGCUGUGCUGGCUCACCCUCCUUAGAGAAGUACGCCUCCUCCAACGAGUUUCCUGACGACACGCUGAACUUCAUCAAGACACACCCACUCAUGGACGAGGCGGUGCCCUCCAUCAUCAACAGGCCGUGGUUCCUGCGGACGAUGGUCAGAUACCGCCUGACCAAGAUCGCCGUGGACACGGCGGCCGGGCCGUACCAGAACCACACCGUGGUUUUCCUGGGAUCCGAGAAAGGCAUCGUCUUGAAGUUCUUGGCCAGGCUAGGAAGCGGCGGCGUCCUCAAUGACAGCGUUUUCCUGGAGGAGAUGAGCGUGUACAACCCUGAGAAGUGCAGCUACGAUGGAGUGGAGGACAAGAGGAUCGUGGGCAUGCAGCUGGACAGAGCGAGCAGCUCUCUGUACGUCGCCUUCUCUACCUGCGUGGUAAAGGUGCCCCUCGGCCGCUGCGAGAGACACGGGAGGUGUAAAAAAACCUGCAUCGCUUCCAGAGACCCGUAUUGUGGGUGGGCAAAGGACGGAGGUGCCUGCGCUCGCCUGGCUCCCGGCAGCAGACUGACUUUUGAGCAAGACAUCGAGCACGGCAGCACAGACGGCCUGGGAGACUGUCACAAUUCCUUCGUGGCACUGAAUGACAUUUCAACUCCUCUACCAGAUCAUGAAAUGUCUUACAACACAGUGUAUGGCCACUCCAGGUCCCUCUUGCCCAGCACCACCGCGUCAGCCUCGGCGGCUCGAGAGGGGGAUGAGUCUAGGGGAGGGAUGCCGGACUGGAAGGAUCUGCUCGCCUCACCUGACAGCACAGACCCUUUGGGGGCAGUGUCUUCCCAUAAUCACCAAGACAAGAAGGGACUGAUCCGGGAGAGCUACCUCAAAGGCCACGACCAGCUCGUCCCCGUCACCCUCCUGGCCAUCGCGGUCAUUCUGGCUUUCGUCAUGGGCGCCGUCUUCUCGGGCAUCGUCGUCUACUGCGUGUGCGACCACCGGCGCAAGGACGUGGCGGCGCCGCGCAAGGACAAGGAGCUGGCGCACUCGCGGCGCGGCUCCAUGGGCAGCGUCACCAAGCUCAGCGGCCUCUUCGGGGACACGCAGUCCAAAGACGCGAAGCCGGAGGCCAUCCUCACGCCGCUCAUGCACAACGGCAAGCUGGCCACUCCCAGCAACACGGCCAAGCUGCUCAUUAAGGCCGACCAGCACCAGCUGGACCUCACGGCCCUGCCCACGCCCGAGUCCACGCCCACGCUGCAGCAGAAGCGCAAGCCCAGCCGCGGCAGCCGGGACUGGGAGCGGAGCCAGAACCUCAUUAACGCCUGCGCCAAGGACCUGCCCGCGCUGGGCUCGCCGGUCAUCCCCACCGACCUGCCCCUGCGCGCCUCCCCGAGCCACAUCCCCAGCGUGGUGGUGCUGCCCCUCACACAGCAGGGCUACCAGCACGAGUACGUGGACCAGCCCAAGGUGAGCGAGGUGGCCCAGAUGGCGCUGGAGGACCAGGCGGCCACCCUGGAGUACAAGACCGUGAAGGAGCAUCUCAGCAGCAAGAGUCCGAGCCACGGGGUGAGCCUGGUGGAGAACCUGGACAGCCUGCCCCCCAAAGUCCCCCAGCGGGAGGCCUCCCUGGGCCCGCCGGGAGCCUCCCUGUCUCAGACCGGCCUGAGCAAGCGGCUGGAGACGCACCACCCCUCCUCCUACGGCCUUGACUAUAAGCGGGGGUACCCCACGAACUCGCUCACCAGGAGCCACCAGGCCGCCACGCUCAAAAGAAACAAUACUAACUCCUCCAACUCCUCCCACCUCUCCAGAAACCAGAGCUUUGGCCGGGGGGACAACCCGCCCCCCGCCCCGCAGAGGGUGGACUCCAUCCAGGUGCACAGCUCCCAGCCGGCCGGCCAGGCCGGGACUGUUUCCAGGCAGCCCAGCCUCAACGCCUACAACUCACUGACCAGGUCGGGCCUAAAGCGCACGCCCUCGCUAAAGCCAGACGUCCCCCCCAAACCCUCCUUUGCUCCCCUUUCCACGUCCAUGAAGCCCAAUGACGCGUGUACAUAAUCGUGGGGGAGGGGCAGGUGUGAACCAGCAGGCGUUGGGCGCCCUCUCGGCUUGGCUGGGCUCCCCACCGCCUGAGUACCCACCAGACCAAGAGGCCCUCGGCAGGGCUGAGGACAGCCAGGCCUGUGGGACACAGGGGACGUCCAAGGUGGACGCACGUUUGGUGAAGGUUGCAACGGUCGGACUCACCCCCAUCUUCUCCUUCACUCUCCCCACAUCCCCCAAGUGGGACCCACAAAAGACUUCAGUUAUCAUCGCAAACAUGAGCCAAAAGCACAUCCUCCCAGCAUCCCCCGUAUACACGCACACGUGGACACACACCACGCACACACACACACACACACACACCACAGAGGCGGACGGCAACUGUAACACUUUGUCCACGAGCGCUUGGGCAUGGCCAGGCUGGCCUCACGUUCCAAACUACAACACAAUACAUUUUUUUAAAUCAUGAAAACUUAAAAAGACAAAAAAAAUAAAGAGUUCAUUGAUCAUUCUAACUCAGACUUUAACAAUGGCAGUUUACGAUGCGCAGAUACUGUGAAAUGCCCACCAGUGUUACGGCUCUCUGUUCCAGCAGACAGGCGCCAUGCUGGGCCCCGACGGCAGAGAUUCCUGCUCCUUCCUGUUAAUGAAAUAACGCGACCGUUAACGCAGUAACCCCUUAUUUAUUGCUCACUCUGUUUUUCCUUAAGGACCCUUCCACAUAUCACCCUACGAACAACUCUUCAGAAAGCCCAUCGAAAGUAAAACUAUUUAACGUGAAAUCCAUUAACUGGAAUAAUUGAGUUUCUUUAUUUUUACAAUAAAUUCACUGAGUAAAUAAGUUGGAGCUGGAAUUCUGAGCUUUGUGUUUGGACUGUCUGGUCUGUAGCUAAAGGAAAACGUUAAGAGGGGAAUAUUUAUUUAAAUCUAUCAUUUAACUUGCUGGCUAGGUCUCUGGCCUGUGACACGCAAAACAUCCACUAGUUUAAAAGUCCUUCCAGAUCCUAACUUCUAAAGCAACCAGGAGAGAAACUUCUAGAGUGGCCCUGUGCCCCACUUCUGCCAGUGUGGCUUGUCAGUGGCUUCUACACCCUGUGAAGGCACCAGCUUGCGAUCCGCCAUCUCAUCUCACCUUGCAUGUGAGACAGCAGACAACCCCUUCGCGGUGUGAACGAAUCGAUGCGCUGGCUGCUCCCCUGCAUAAGUAAUGGUGUGCUCACACGGGUUCUUCGUGGGGUGACAUCUGUGAAUAGCCUGUUUUCCACAUGUAAAUUUGUGCCUUACACCCUGAGUUGUGUACACUUGUAAUCCGUCAUGAUCAACUCCCCCUUCGGAAAUACGUGCAGCUAUUUAUUUAAUCCCCCUCCCCCGCCCCUCCAGCCCCCUGGAAGAAGGCAGUGGUGGGGCUCGUCCCCCACCACCUGGGGACGCAGCGUGGCACCACACCCUCCAGUUUACUAUGCCUUCCGAUUGUGCCAACUCAACUACCCUUUGGCCAUGCUGCCAAGCAUGGGCCCAGUGUUGUGGGUGGUCAGCCCUGUUCUGUCUCCAGAGCCCCGCUCCCUUCCAUUCUCGGAUCUUUUCCGUUUGGGGAUGUCCUCACGGCCAGCAGGAGCAGGGUGCUAGUCCCAGCCCCAUUUCUGCUGUGUUCCCUGGCGGGAGGCCGCACCAAGUGCAGCUGGCCGGGCACCUGGAGCGGUCUCCAGGCCUGCGCUCGCACACGCAUGGUGCACGCAGAGCGGCCAUGUGAAAACGCAGGAGGCUGGUCCCUGCUGUGGUUAGCGAGGGGCUGGAAGUCCAAGGCCAACUGCGAGGGAUGCUGCAAAAACGGUGGCUAGGGCAAAAGAUUUUUUAUUAUUUUUUUAAAUUUCUUUAUCCUUUUGUUCUUAUUGUUGGGGGGUAGGGUUUUCCCUUGGCACUCAGAGGGACUUCGGUUGACUCACAGAGGCAUUGUCAGCGUGCUGUAGACCACAAGUGUUGGCUUUCACUCGCUUUUUUCAACAGUAUAACAGUGUAUUUGCUGGUCUCUCUGUCUCUUUUUUAUUACCAGUUUAAUCUCGGUUUUGUUUUUUCUUAAGAAUCAUCAUAAUAAUAAAGCCUUUCGAGCAAGACUGAGGAGGACAGUUUUGAGUUAGUGAAAAGUGGUGCCUCCCCCCGAGACCUGAGUGAGUAGGGUGAGGGUGAGGACACAGCCCUUCGUUCCCACAAUCCAUUGCAAUGUCGCUGUUGUUUGGGGUAGGUUUUUGUUGUUACUCUUUUUUUUUAAUGGAAUUAAUGUCACAAUCUGUGAAUCUGUACCUUGAAACCCAAAGCCUUUUCUAGACGCCAGGACACUGUCCCUUUGAUUUCUGUAACGGUGCAGGACCAGGACAGCAUGGGGGUGCCCUGCUUUCUGUCCCAGGCUCGACUCCCAGGAGGUCGGCUGCAGUGUCCGCCUGCCGGCCUGCUGCGUCCCCGCCCCCUUGUCUGUGGGCCGCACUGCUCACCUGUGUGGAGACCAGCGCCAAAACUCGCACCUCGUGUCCCCGCGUGCCACAGCCCCUCCCCUGCGGCUGCCGCCCCCCAGCACCACGUGCACUGACUGGUCUGCUUGGAGUACCCCUUUUCUCUCUCCCCGCCGUGUGGGGGGUCCCUAAGCCUGAGUGUGCCUUUGCUUUUACCCCCGCUAGACACUGGUAGAUGCAACGAACUCAGAGUUCUAUUUGUCGUAAAGUUGUAAAAAUAUCGUGAUGUCACCAAUUCUCCUUCCGUUUCCACAUCCCUUAACAUCCGAUUCACGACUUAAUGUAUGUUGUAAAAAAGAAGGGAAAAAAAGAAAAAAGCAAGGAAAAGGCUCUUUAUUACUUAAAA